AUGUCUCAAUUCACAACGCUCGAAUUAGCGAUUAUUGCUAUUGGACUUGACGAUGAAGAUAGAAGCUCAAAAAACAACAGACGAAGAUUUUGGGUGCAUAAAAUGCGGCCGACCGGCGAGCGCGGUGCGGCGACCGCUAGCUGUCAGCGAGUGGACGCCGCGCAGACCGCUAGCUGUCAGCGCGUGAACGCCGCGCAGACCGCUUGCUUGCAAUGCGUGGUCAAGAGGAGUCGACUGCCGAGCAGUCCUGACAGCGGUAAGCUCGCUGUCAGCGAGCUGUCCGCUAAUUUACGUUGCCAAUGUAAAAUAUAUCUAAAGAGCAAUACUUAA